AUGGCGCACAAGCGGACGGCAGUGUUGCCUGGUGUACUCCAAAGGGUUCAGUUCAGGCACGAAAUACAGCAGCUUAAGAUGGAGUCGAAUAGUAACAAGCAAGACGAAAACAUUACAAGGUCAGACCCAGAAUUAGGGACCAUAGAUACUGUUGUAGGGUUGGAAAAUCCUAUAGAUGAAUCCACACCCACAAAACAGGAGGAAUGGGAAGUGAAACCAAAGGUAGUGAAAAGUGAACCCAAUGUAUCUGUGGAUGCAAGUCACAAGGGAGAGGAUAUGGAAUUAACAAGUUUGUUAAAUAGUAUGAUGGCGCAAAUUCGAGAAGGGAAUGCUAGUUUGAAAGCAGAAAUGGCUAGUCAUAUAUCCCAACUGGAUGAAAACCUAUCUGGUAAAAUAAAAGCCAAUUUAGAUAUUUUGAAUACGCAAAGCCAACGUAUCACAGAGGUAAACAAAUCAGUAAAUAGCAUUAGGGCUGAAAUAACAAAUGUUCAGAGAAAAGUCACAGAAAUAGAGAAAAGAUUUGAUACCGAAAUUCAGAAAAUAGAGAAAUCAGUGGAACCUUUGAUUAGUGAAAAAUUAGAACCGAUAAUUGAAAGUAAAUUACAGGUGAUAGUACCAGUUGUAAAGAAAGAGAUUGUUAAAGAAACAGCAGCUGAUAUUGAAACACUGCGCAAUACCAUGUUGAGUUUUGAUGCAUGUGUGCAGGAGCAGGAAAAUACACUGCGUAAUGAGAUAAAAUUGCUAAGUCAGCAAGUUCAGAAUCAGACGUUUCUUAACUGUAGUGGUAUCCCAUUGGUCAAGGGCCUAACGCGCGCGGAAAGAAAGAAAUGGCCCAAAUAUAGAGAAGAUCGGAGUAGUCAGUACUAUAGUAGGAUAGUGCGUCGUUCGCCUGAAGAGCAGUUACAUAAACGAAACUUUGCGAAGUAUAAUGCAGGGAUACAAACAGAGGAGAGAGAGCAGAGAGGAAUUAUUAAGGGAAAUGAAGUAGAAAAAGAAUAUCGGUCGGAUGUGAAGGCUCACGUGAAUGAAAUAAGUACAAUUCGAGGUCAGAGUGACGAAUUGAUGAAGGAAGAGUCAGAGAAGGCGUUGUUUGUCGGUAGGGAUGGCAACUGUGCAGAGAGGCAGGGGCAAGGUAGGAGUGAUGUGACUUAUGGUAAAAGGUUCGUACGAAUAGUCGACGAAUCGCAUCGAGAAGUAAUUAAAGAGGAAAGGGUGGAUAAGAAAAAGGGGCAUAGUGCAGAGACGCAUGCCGAUUCAGAAAUUACCUCGUAUGCAGAAUAUGUACAUCAGCUCAAAAGCCAGCCAGCACAAUUAGAAAGAUCUUCCACUCAAGUGAUUAAUUUGGACCCGAAUAUGACAGUGUUAGAGAGCCAUACCGAUUAUGAUGUGUACCUAGUGACAGCAAGAGUACAUGACUGUGAUGAAGAUUCUUUUAAAGAAAUUGGAGAAAGUGUAUCUAACCAAGAGAAAGAGUGUUGUGAUCCCUGUAGUACUGAAGCAAAUGAGUUGAGUGAGACUGGAAUUCCAUUAGUAGGGGAAAAUAAUGAAAGUAAGAGUGGCGAAUGUACUAUCCAACAAAGGGAAAGUAGAGAAAGGGAUUAUAAUUUGCGAGAAUUAUUUGAAUCCGAAGAAGGUCAUAUUUCUAUGGAGGAGGAAUUAUCGUCAGAAUCAUCAGAAAGCAUCCAGGGAGAAAAAGAAGUAGAGGAAGUUUCCGACUCUGCAACCGAGAGUUCAGGCAUGACAGAUUCGAAUGAGAACGAGAUGGCAUUAAAGAGCCUAGACGAAGGACUAUUGGAAAAAGUGGUGAAAGAAUUUAGGAUGAAAAGGAGAAAGAAACCUCCAGAUGGAAUACCAUUUGAAGUGUCAACUGCACCACUGAUGCAUAACCUUGCAGUUGUGACAACUCGACGUCUCAACAGCUCGUGA